AUCGAGCACAAGAAGAUCUAUGGCCCCUUGUGGAAGUCUAAAUAUGGCCCCUUGGUUGUGGUGAAUGUGGCCAGCGCUGAGCUCAUAGAGCAGGUUCUGAGGCAAGAGGGGAGACAUCCGGUCCGGAGCGACAUGACCCACUGGAGGGGCUACAGAGAGCUCAGGAACCAGGCCCAUGGACCCCUAACAGAGAUGGGAGCGAAUUGGCAGCGCAUCCGCAGCAUCUUGAACCCCCGCAUGCUGAAGCCCAAACACGUCUCCUCGUACUCGAACACCAUCAACGAGGUGGUGACGGACUUCAUCGGCAGGCUGGCCUGGCUGAGGGACACCGGCGGACAGGGACACAUGGUGAACGACCUGACCGGAGAACUUUACAAGUUUGCUUUUGAAGCUGAGAAGCUGGUGAGUAAGAAGAUGGAGGAGAUCCAGAAGAGCGUUGACCUGGAUAAGAACAUGGAGGGAGCGUACCUGACCCACCUGCUGCUCAGUGACCAGAUGACGGUCACAGAGAUCCUGGGCAGCAUCACAGAGCUGCUGCUGGCGGGAGUCGACACUGUUGUAUCCAGUGGUGCCUGGAAAUGCUCGUAUCACAGUUGAAAACGAGAUUGUUGUUGGGGAUUGUCUCUUUCCAAAACAGACGCUCUUCCACCUGUGCCACUACGCCGUGUCCUACGACGAGAACAUUUUCCCCGACCCUCACACCUUCCUGCCGCAGCGCUGGCUCCGAGGAGGGGACGACAAGUUCAAGCAGCACCCGUUCGGGUCGGUGCCGUUCGGGUUUGGGAUCCGGGCCUGUUUGGGUCGACGCGUGGCCGAGCUGGAGAUGUAUCUCCUCCUAUCCAGGUGAUAAAGCACUACGAGGUCAAGCCCGACCCAGCUGGGACCACYGUGAAGCCCAUCACCAGAACCCUGCUCUGCCCCGCCACACCCAUCAACCUGCAGUUCCUGGACAGACGAGCUGAGCCGACAGCAGCGGUUUYUCCAUGAGCUGCUUCACAUUCAGAGUGUUGCCCUCUUUGUCAACAGCCACGUGUUCCUGCAGAGCUCCCAGCAGGACGUCACCGACAGGACAGGAAAGUAGCGCUGCAUGAGGCAGGCUGAACAGGACGGUGCAAACGCUUCAACUGUCUCUUUAUGUAAAUACAGCUUCUUACAUCUUUAACUUCACACAUUUCUGUUCUUUUAGCUUCUAACAGCCAGAGUUAAGGACAGAAAGGCUCCUCUCUGUUGUCUUUCUUUGAGUUCUGUAAACUGCAGCGAUGCUUCAGCCCUCGUGCUUUUUGUGGAGUUUAUAAAACUCAUAACGAUGCCCUUUUUUCAGCUGCGUAAAUACUUUACAUGUAGCUCCACAGAUAUCAGAUAUACUGUAUUUAUAAUAUGAUCAUCAUUUCUUUAACUUAUAAAGCAUUAAAAAUCUAAUUAUCAAUAACCCAUGUAUAAAACUAACACCACUACUUUAUGGAUGAUUUUUAGGCUAAARUUUCUAGUAUUGAACAUAAAUAAAUACAGUAAUUGAUGCUUACGCACAAAACAGUUGUUUGCCUUUGUCUGUACUCAAAACAUUUAUUCAUAAAGGUUAGUCAUUGCACUAAAUUAUUCAAUUCAAAUAAAAAAAAUUUUCAUUUCAUUAAAAAAUACUAUAUACCAGGGCUAUUCAACUGGCGGCCCACAGGCCACAUCCGGCCUGCGAAUGACCAAAGUUCGGCCCGCCAAUCGGUUCACUCAUCUCGUAAACCCGAACCCCAGGUUUCUACUUUAAUUACUCUAAGUUCUUUUAGUUAAACAUAAACAUGUUUAAUAUCUACAGAAAUGUCAGAA